AUGCCACCAGUUCCAAGCAAUUCAUUGACAAGCUCCUCUAUUGCUACCACCCCGUUUAACUCAAACAAGCUUGUGGAAAACAACUACAAACUAGCACUAAAGCAAUUUAUCAAUAAGAAUUUCAUUGGCUCAUUCAAGCUAAUUCAUGAUGUCUACUACACUUCAUUCAACGAGUACAAACAAGGGACAAUUUCCGAAGACUUGUUGAUCAAAAUCAUCAAUUUGUACCUUGUUGUCGUUGGAGUAUGUUUGAAAAACCGCCAUCUCGAUCAAGCACUGGCCAAUGCCGCCAGAAACUCAUUUACUAGUAAUGAAAUUAUCAACCAAAUCAAGUCUAUAUGGCUUGAAUUGGAUAUCCCCUUGGAGAUCAAGUACAAUAUGCAACUCGUGUACAUUUCCAACCCAAAAGACUUGAUCAACGAUGAAGAUUCCUAUUUGCGCAACUUGAAGAAAUGGUACAUAAACAUUGACACCAAUGAUAAAUUUGGAUCGAAAUUGCUUGACUUGGUCAAAUUUGAAAUCCUACCUCACUUCAACCAAUACGAUGAAAGUGAAAGAUUAAUUGGUGACGAUGAAUCCGAGUUGGCAAAAUUGCACAAGAUCAAAAAUGAAAAGGACGAGUAUUUGAAAAAAGUGAAACAAGAUCAAAUUCAAGCCGAGAAAGUAGCCAAGGAAGCUCAAGAGAAACAAGAAGCUGAAGCUAGGCAAAAGCGCAAAGAACUGAAUUUGAAAUAUAGUUCCAUUAAGGAGAUUGUCAACAAUUACAAGCAGGAAGAUAGUAGAGCGGCAGCAUCGGUAAAAGAUUUGAAUCGUCGUCAUCAACAAUCACAAUCGCAAAACUUGCAGGAGAAAUUGGCUUAUGUUUUGAGAAUCACAAAGAAUUACCUUGCUCGAAACUCAUUGGUGUUGGUUGUGUUGAUUGUUUUGAUUUUGGGGUCAAGUCGAUACUUGAGAAAUGCAAAUGUUAGAGAAAAGAUUGUCGAUACGGUUAAGAUGGCGUUUAAGUUCACUUACGUAUAA